UAAAAUUGCAAAUAUUAAAUUUUUACCUGGCUUUUAUCAAUUUGUGAAUAAUCGUCACCUUUUGGGAACAAAAUUAUGAACAAGGCCACUUUUCAAUCAGUUCUCUCCUUAUUAUUCCAACCUUAAUUUUGUAUUGGAAGAACAUUACAUAUGAGAGAUUGUCACUAUCAUCAUGUAUCGAAAUCGGAGUGUAUUACAGUCUGUGUGGACGCACUACAGUCAUAGUUCACGACAACGCCAAGUAUAUCAAGAAUUUAAAUAUGAUGUUCGACAUUAUGCAAAGCAGGAGUCGCAAAAAAAUUCAUUUAUUGGCCGAUUUGUGGAUAAUAUUCGCGAGGAAAUGAACAAAAACAAAGAAAUGAAAGAAUCAUUGAAAAAAUUUCGCGAAGAAGCUGAAAAAUUAGAACAUAGUGAUGCACUUAAAGCUGCUCGUCAUAAAUUUCAAACAGUUGAAUCGGAAGCAAGCAAAGGUAGUGAAGUAUUAAAAGAAAAAUUCAGUACAAUCAAAGAAAAAGUACAGGAGGUAAUUGAAGAAGCACAAAAGACAGAUAUUGCUAAAAAAGCUGGUAAAAUAACAGAAGAUAUAAGUAAAACCGUAUCAGAUACUAUAUCCGAGAAAAGUGAAAAACUGGGUAAAUCAACAGCAUUUCAACGUGUAACAGAAGCAACAAAGGCAGUAAAACAUGAAAUUGAUAAUCAAAGCAUUCAAGGACGAGUCUAUCAAAGUCCAAUAAAAUUACGUAAACGUAAGGAAAUUGAUGCUGUCGCCGAUGAUAAAAUAUUCGAAGCAAAUACGGAAGCAUUAGGUAUUGAAUUACAUAAAGAUUCACGUUUUUAUGAAUCAUGGCAAAAUUUUAAAAAUAACAAUCCAUACGUAAACAAAGUAUUAGAUUGGAAAAUGAAAUAUGACGAAAGUGAAAACCCCGUAAUACGUGCAUCAAAAUUACUCACUGAUAAGGUAUCAAGUGUUGUCGGUGGUAUAUUUCAAAAAACAGAGUUAUCCGAAACAUUAACAGAAAUUUGUAAAAUAGAUCCACAAUUUGAUCAAAAAAAGUUUUUACGUGAAUGUGAAACAGAUAUUAUACCAAAUAUUUUAGAAGCCAUGAUCCGUGGUGAUUUAGAAAUAUUAAAAGAUUGGUGUCAUGAAGGUCCUUACAACGUAUUUGCUGUUCCAAUAAAACAAGCUAAAGCACAAGGAUGUAAAUUAGAUUCAAAGAUAUUAGAUAUCGAUAAUGUGGAUUUAGCAAUGGGCAAAGUUAUGGAACAAGGACCGGUGUUGAUAAUCACAUUUCAAUCGCAACAAAUAAUGUGUGUACGUGAUUCCAAGAAUAAUGUGAUUGAAGGUGAUCCAGAAAAAGUGUUACGUGUGAAUUAUGUUUGGGUAUUGUGUCGUGAUCCUACUGAAUUGAAUCCGAAAGCCGCAUGGAGAUUACUUGAUUUGUCUGCACAGAGUAGUGAACAAUUAGUAUAAAAAUUUUUGUUAGGUAAUGAGAAAAUUAGAUUUUCUCGACACUUUUGUUUUGGUUUGUUCAUAAUUUUGUUGCUAAAAUAAUGUUUAAUCUCUCUGUGAUUCUGAAGUUAAAAAAGAAAAAACACAACAAAUUGAACAUAACGAAAAGCUUUUUUAUUCAAUAUUGUUUUUAAAAAAAAUUUUAUAUUCAAAGACGUGUAUCAAUUUUAUUAUUCAAUCAUGUUUCUUGUAUAUAGUUUGAUUAGGGCCGUGUAUCAAAGCGAUAUAAGAGGGCAGUAUCUUAUGACUACGUUCUCCCAAUUAAUACGGACGGGUUGACUUUGUGUAAGUAAACGAAAAAAUAGAUCAAUAGUUUUUUUUAAUUUAUUUUGAUGAUUUUUCAAUUAUUUUCAUUUUAUUUUGUCGUUGUUUUUCUUUUUUUUACAAAUCGAUUCACGUGAAACACCCACGAGCGUGAGCAAUGUAAAUCGACGUUUUUUUUUAUAUAUUUAAGGAAUUAUUGAAAAAAAAAGUAUAAUUUGU